UGUGAAGAUUAGUAGCUUCAUCUACAUAUUUGUGCCAAGUUUGAAUAUAUAAAGUAUGAGUUUCGUUACAGUAAUCCUGUUAAUCAUGGCAAUGGGGAUCGCCUCGAUCACCUGCAAUACCUCGGAUUCCGAAAUUCUUCAGUACGUUAGUAUGCCCAUGAUUUAUCAAGAUCGUUCUGAGUUCAAGAUAUUUUUUGCCGUUCUGGAAAAGACGGACUGGUUGCAAGGGAUUGAUUACUGUAACUCAUUUGGCGCGAUGCCUGGCCGAAUUUCUACCCAAUCACAAUACACAACUAUUACUAAUUUUCUUCAAACAACUACCCAACUUCCGGACGGAUAUAAAAGCCUCUGGCUUCCGGCCACUGAUCACGUCGAGGAGGGGACGUUCCGAUGGCUGGAGAAUUAUGAGGAGGUCCUCGUGGGGAAUUGGAGUGCUGGAACGCCGUCCCGAAACCGUAGCGUUAAUUGUCUCGCUUUAAAUCAAGACGGAUUUUAUGUGGAGGAAUCUUGUACUUCGUGGGAUAUCCGGUAUCACACGCUUUGUGAACUUCCUAUGUUCAGGUGGGGUAAGGAAGAGGGAGGCAGAACAAAUGGGGUUGAAAUUCUGUCAAAAUUUCAAGGAAUUCCUAGCAUCCAAUCACUCGUGGAAAUUGGAGGGGUUGGAAAUAAAAGAUACUUUGUGGAUGAAAAUCCACCAGAGGAGGGGAGAUUAUGGACAGGAAGCUGGGAUUUUUGUCAUGAACACGACCUGAGAAUGGCUGCUCCAGAAUCUAUGGAGGAAUUAUACUUCUUGACAAACUACUCAAAGCAAGAAAAUGAUGCAAGCUAGAAAUUUGGCUUGGUCAAAAUAAACCCCAAUUAAAAAAUUGUUUAGGCCGUUACGUUCCAUAUCAUAUCGGGGCAAGUGACAUUCUUGGCGUGUCAUGUGGAAGGGGGAAUAAUUACAAGAGAUGGAUUCAUAACGGCAAUGUGGUGAGUUAUCCAGACUUGGACGAUCAGGGACACGGCUUUCAUUACAAGUGCGCCUACUUGACAUCAACCGGCUUAUGGGGGUGACUGCAUGGGUGGAUCACGUUAUGGGACGAUUUGCGAAUUGGAAGAAGAUUAUGUCGCCACAACUCCUACGAUGGGAACAACGCAGUCUGGAGAAAUUUGCAGGCCUGGCGAUUAUUUUUCUCCUCAUCAAGAUUGCAGGUUUUUCUGGGUUUGUAAUCCAGAUAACCCAGUUUUACGACAGUGUCAGGAUCCGCUUUAUUGGAAUCAGGAACUUCUAACUUGUGACUUCAUGUCCAAUGUUUCGGACUGUGUGGGUGGCACGAGAGCUCCGAUUAUGGAAUGACAUAGGCCAGGGUGCCAUGGGAGGAAUGUGUCCUUGACAACCUAAUAAUUAUAAUAAACACUAUAAUUUUGGUCCAAAAUUAUUUUUAAAAUUAUUUCCAGUCAUUCUAAAGCCAAAUUUGCCAAAACUACGCACAUUUUAAGCCAUCCAAUUUGAAAAUCGUUCGAGCGCGAAAAAACGCUAUCUCAUUGUAAGUAUAUAUCUUAAUCUAUCUUAAAUAAGUGAAAAUUUUGGGGCAUUAAAAAAACAAAGCCAGAAUUUUGCAUGAUUUCACGAAAACAAAUUACAUGAAAAAAAUUACAGAAAGAAAUCUAGAUGUUAUUCUGGAUAAAAGUUUAUUAUGAAUUUAUCAUGAAUCGUAAUUUCAGUAAUUAUUUAAAAUUCGCCUGAAAAUUUAUAGUUCGAUUUGUUUCAUAUUCAUAAUUUUGUAUGAUUGUAUAAAAAACUUAGAUAGAAAACAAAAUUUGCAAUGCAUUUGUUAAGUACAGUUUGCAUGUCGCUUGGACAAACCCAUUAAAUUAUUUGUAGGUUGGUCGUGCGUAUUUCAAGGAAAUGUACAUAAAUUUCUGAAAAUAUAAUGCUGAAUUAACUUCCAUAUUAAUUUAUUUAUAUCGGGGAGAAAACAACAUAAAUAAAUUUUCCAAUGCAGUAUGAAUUUCAGUAAUUAUUUCAAUUCCGUAUGAAAUUUUGGUCCAUUUUUGUCAUCUUUUGAAUUUUGCAUGAUUUCGGUUGGAAAGAUUAAAGAAAAAAAUAUGCUUUAUUUCAAGUGUACAAAAGUAAUGUUUGUGUAGCGUUUGCACGUCGCUCGUACAAAACUUACAAUGCAAGUCUUUUACGUGUACAACUCAGAUCUGAAUGGGACCA